AUGGAAAGGAGGAGAACAAAUUUAUGUUUUAGAAAUAGUAGUAGACGUACAAUAAAAACAUUAAAGUUAGUAAGAAGAAAGAAAGUUACUUGGUCAUCUAGUACAGUAGAUAAUUCUAAAUUAAAUAAGAAGUCUUCUAAAUGUUGUUGCAUUGUUCACAAUGAUGGAAUUGAUGUGCCAUCAGAAAAAAAUAAAUACGAAAGAACUUAA